GUUGAAUUUUUCGUUGCGUCGUCUCCAUUUUGCAGUGCAGCAGGCCGCAUUGAAAAUUUUUUAAUGUGCGAAAAACUUUUAUUGCUGAUAUAAUAGAGUAAAAAUAUGUGGAGUUUUAGAAUAAACGCGGUGAAAAUAUAUUAAAUAAGUUUAUUAUAUUGAGUUUGUAGCGUUUGAGGUUAGAUUGUGUGCUAAAAUAACGAAUGUGGUUACUUACCCCGCCUCCUGUUUUUUUCUGUUCAAACGCUGAAUUUUACGCUUGCCGCCGUGUGCGUAUCUGAAGCCCCAGUUGCCGGGCGCAACUAUUUCCGUGAGGCAGAAACAACUAAUUGAGAGUAAUUAAGAACAAGGUAUCUAACUGCAAUAAGUGAACCAAAUCCAUUAAAGGAAGGUAUUGAAAAAUUGUCAUGACGUGAAGGUGCUUAUUUGUGGACAUUUAAGAAAAAUUAUAAGACACCCGCAACUGUUGGAAGAACUGCUUCAAAAUGAUGUUCACGGGCACCACUCAACAGCAGGACACUCGCUUCAGCGACAAGGAGAAGAAGUUAAUGAAGCAAAUGAAGUUCGGCGAUUGUUUAAAUAAACGUGUGGAUAUGUCAAAGGUGAAGCUAGAUGUGUUGCGACCAUGGAUCAGCAAAAAAAUUACGGAUAUCUUACACAUCGAAGACGAUGUCGUCGUUGAAUUUGUUUACAAUCAGUUGGAGGAAGAAAAAUUCCCUUGCCCAAAGAAAAUGCAAAUAAAUAUGACAGGAUUUUUAAAUGGGAAAAAUGCACGACAAUUUAUGGGUGAAUUAUGGUCUUUAUUACUAUCAGCACAAGAAAGCGAAAGUGGAAUCCCUGCCGAGUUCAUUCAACAAAAGAAAGAUGAGAUAAUUAAGAGGGAAGAGCAACAGCGUCAAAAUGAUCGUUCGCGAUCACGUGAUAGGGAUAGGGACAGAGAUCGUGAUAGGGAUAAUGAACGCGAUCGGGAUCGCGAUCGUGACAGACGCACCGGAAGAGAUCGCUCCAAUGAUGGGCAACGUGAUGAAAUGAGUCAACGUGAGCAGCAGUUACCACCAAGUACUUUGAGCGCGAUCGAGCAGGUUAGGUCACAAUUAUCAGCUAAAUCUAGAUCGAAUUCGGCUGAAGAAACUAAUUUAGGUAAUGUUUCCCAAAGCAAGCAAUUUGAGGGGGGUAAUUCAGCCGUUAUGAAUGCUGCGGCAGCAGCUGCAGCUGCAGCUAUACUGCGCGAUCGUUCCAGGUCACCGAAUGCGAGUGCUAGAUCUGCAGCAGCCGAAGCGGCAGCAUCGAAAAUACGCAAUCGAUCACCACGAAAACGCUCCAGGGAUAGAUCAGUGACGCGAAAAUCAUCUCGUGAACGCAAUUCGUCACCUCAGAGACGUCGCAAUUCACCACGUGAUAGAAGACGACCGUCUCGUUCACCAAGACGAAGAUCAUCUGGCGGCGAUCGCCGUCGUCGUCGUAGCACUCGUAGUCGUUCAAGGGAUCGUAGUGUUAGACGGCCGCCAAGCAAGAAACGUCAGGUAUCACGUUCUAAUUCGCCGCAAAAACGUCAAAGUCCGAAAUCAAAAAGUCGUCGUUCAAAAGAUAGACGAUCGAGAUCCAGAUCACGUUCAAAAUCACCGGUAAAACGAAAGCCAUCCCCAGCGGCAGCAAAAAAUUCCAAAAACGCAACUUCAUCUCCCUAUCGAAAGCGUUCCAACUCGCGACACUCAAACCCACACACCCCCGUCAACGGUCAUGAAGACGGUGGGUCCGCUAAAAAGCGCGACGCAAGAAAACGUACCCCAUCCCCGAACCAUAGUGAAAGCUCUCGCGUAUCAGAUGGUGCCAAAAGGGUCACCGCACGCAAAUCAUCUAAGGGCCGUUCUCGUUCAAGAUCCGCUAGUAAAAGAUCAGCAAGAGCUGCUGUUUCUUCACGCUCGCGUUCAAGAUCGUCAUCCCGUUCGUCAAGAGCUUCUGAACGUGUAAAUAAAAAAGGCGUACGUCGAUCUAGCUCACGAAACACCAGUCUUUCGCCAUCGCCUGAACGUAAAGAGGACUUUGAAAUACGACGUAACAAGAACAGUGUACAAAAGAAGCGACACUAUCGCCAUAAUCGCGAUUCUUCGGCGAGCUCCAUGGAUAGAGAACGUGAUCGCGAUCGAGAGCGAGAUGGUGGAAGAAGAAUGAUGGCGGACAAUAGAGGCAGACGAGGAGACAUGCCUGGCAGACGAUUUUCGCCGCAUAAUCGAAGUCCUCGAAAUGAUGGGGGUGGUGGUGGUGGUGUUGCCGGUGGCGGACGCAAUCAACGUUCUCGAUCUCGUCGUCGUUCAAAAUCACGUAAUCGUUCUAGAUCACGCAAUCGAUCUCGUUCUCCUAUGCGUCGUUCCCGUUCUCCCCGACGUUUUAAUCGGCGCCGCUCCCCAAUGAUGCACUUUCGUGGACGCGGUGGAGGAAAUAAUCGCGGUCGUAUGAACUUCUGGCGCCGCAGUCCCAGUAGAGGUCGUGGUGGCGGAGGAGGUGGUGGAGCUGGUCCUGGUCCUGGUGGACGCUUUGACCGUCGCUUCUCGCCUCAGCGCAGAUACUCACGUGAACGUGAGCGCGAUCGCCGUAUGUCACCGAUGCAAAAUCAAUUCCGUAAGUUUUCACCACAACGGCGAUUCUCUCCACCCCAAAAUAUGCAGUACCAAAGACGGUCAAGAGAACGAAGAUUUAGUCCAGGACCACGUGAUCGCCGACCAUCCUCCCCAAUGCGCGACAAUUCUCGCGACCGAGGUGGUGGAAACAAUUUCGGUCGCUGGGAUCAAAAUAACCGCAAUGUUCAAAAGCCAAAAGCUAGAGCCUCAUCAGAAAGUUCGAAUUGGGAGUUAGACGAUGAACCUGCUAAAGAAGCGGCCAAACGUCAGCCCAGCACAACUAAACAAACUAGUCCAAUUAAAAACAACGGAAACCGUUCAAGAAGUCUUAGACGUUCCCGCGAAAGAAGCGGUCGGGAUUCUAGCCAGUCUUCGGAAAAAAUGCCCAGAGCUCGUGAAAGUUCAGGACGACGUUCGUCUGUUGAAUAUGCAGGUCCCUCAGUCAAAACCAUUGACUUGUCCAAAGAAGAACGUGGUGAAAAUCGCAAAGCAAAAGGAGAAGCAGUUCAAACUGAAUCUCACCAAGUAAAGAAGCAAGCGUUGGCUGUAUCCGCUGCAGCUGCCACUGCUCCAAUUUCACGCAACGAGAAAUUACGUGACCGAUACAGUUCGAGUUUGUCUCGCACCCCGUCGCCAUUUUUAAAGCCCCAUGAACGUGAAAAGCUUCAGAAGAAUGCGCUAAAGAAAUCACAAGAGAAGAAACCACAAAAGAGUCGUAAAGAAAGUUAUUCCUCCUCUUCAGAUAGUUCCGGAGAUAGUGAUGACAGUGAAGACGAGGAGGAGCGUAACACAAUUGACAAGACAAAAGCGUCGAAAAUGAAGAAUUCUGAAUUGCGCACCAAAUCGAAAAGACGAAAGUCAGUAACAAGUGAAGACGAGUCUGACGAUGAUAGCGAUGACGAACAAGCUAAGAAAAAGUCGAAUUCUAAAGGACCAGGCAAAGGCCAGGCAGCGGUAGAAUUAUCUUCAAGCGGCAAGACUGGACGCAAAGAAAAGAAUGUACACACGGAAGAAAACCGUGAAGAGCGAAAUGCAGUUGAGGUGCAAAGUAGCCGUGGUAAAGGCAAAUACCAAAACGAUGUACCAGAAAUAACUGUACAAAGUAGUUCAAAGGGGCAUAAAAAAAUAUUGGUCGAGAAACACGUUCCAAGGGAUAAUGAUUCAUCCAAUUCCAGCGAUGAUUCCGAUAAGGAACAGUCAGAAAGUAAAUUAGCUGGAUCGAAAUCGAAACAACUGGCUUCGCGCAAACGCGCAGCUUCUGUGACUGGAUUAAAGAAAUCCAAGCGUGAAUCAUCCGAUUCGGAUGAUGAACAAGUCUCAAAGAAAAAACGAAAGAAGGCAAAGAAAACAUCAAAACGUAAUUCAGACGAUGAUAGCUCUUCGGACUCCGAAGCUGAGGCAUUGUCAAAAAAGAAAAAGCAUAAGAAGCAUAAAAAACACGGCAAGAAGAGUAAGAAACACAAAAAACACAAGAAGAAGAACAAAAAGGCUGACAGCUCGUCAAGCAGUGACGAGGAAGAGGAAGUUCGUGAACGUACCGGCAAGUCAACAUCGGCGUCUUUACUUCUAGGAGGAGUAAAUGAAGAUUUAGAAAAACAACUGCGCGAACGGGCUUUAAAAUCAAUGAAGAAGAAUGAGUAAAAAGUAACAACCUGAAUUAACAAUGGAAGACAGACAUGUGCAAACGACUGGAUAAUGUGUAUGCGCCACAUUUUAUCAUUUUGCCUGAUUCAAUUUUUUAUGUACUCCACAAAAUAAUUUAGUUUAUAACCCACACAAUUAUUAAUACUUAAAGUAAUUAGUAGGACUUUUCGAGACUCCCUCCCCCCUCCUUAAUAUGUUCUAAUUUUCAAAGCAAUUCAUAUCUGCAUGAAACAUCUAGAAAUUUGUUUCCAAAAUAUAUUUAUCAUCGCAUGCUAAGAAAGUUGUAACAUAAAUACAUAAAUACAUGCCUACUUUAAUAUAGCUACAGAAUGAGCAGUUGAAACACAUGUAUUUGAGUAUCCUUGCUGAGCAGAAACAGCAUAACAUUACAACAACAAUAUUUAAUUGCUAAAUACAAGAUUCAACAUUCUGUUGAGAGUUGUCAACAUUUAAUUGAUUGAUUUGAAGUUUAGGUUCUAUUAUUUAAGUAGAUAUAUAUUAUAUUAUGCAUUCACGUUUGUCAACUCAAAGAAACAAACAAAUAAACAUAACUACUACGGAAA